ACGGAUCGGAUACUGAAUUCAGUUCUAAAUCGGCUUUCAAAGCGGACGGACGUGCUACGGAAAACUUAAAACGGAAGUAAUCAUGGCAACAGAUAAUUUGACAGCAGUUCUCCACGGAAUCGAGGACCUGCGACUGGAGCAACGUCCGAUUCCAGAAAUUGCCGACGAUGAGGUUCUCUUGGCCAUGGACAGUGUGGGCAUCUGCGGUUCGGAUGUCCACUAUCUGGCACACGGACGGAUCGGUGACUUUGUGCUUACCAAGCCGAUGAUCAUUGGUCACGAGGCAGCUGGAGUGGUGGCCAAACUGGGCAAGAAUGUGACCAACUUGAAAGUGGGCGACCGGGUGGCCAUUGAGCCGGGUGUUCCCUGCCGCUACUGUGAUCACUGCAAGCAGGGACGUUACAACCUGUGCGCGGGCAUGGUCUUCUGUGCCACUCCUCCCUAUGAUGGUAAUCUGACGAGGUACUACAAACAUGCCGCUGACUUCUGUUUCAAGCUGCCAGAUCAUGUCAGCAUGGAGGAGGGAGCACUCCUCGAACCCCUGUCGGUAGGAGUUCACGCCUGCCGUCGCGCAGGAGUUGGUCUGGGCUCCAAGGUGCUCAUCCUGGGUGCUGGUCCAAUUGGUUUAGUCACCUUGCUGGCUGCCCAAGCCAUGGGCGCUUCUGAGAUUCUUAUCACCGAUUUGGUGCAGCAGCGAUUGGAUGUGGCCAAGGAGCUGGGCGCCACCCAUACACUACUUCUACAGCGGGAUCAGUCUGCCGAAGAAACUGUAAAGGUGGUUCAUGAAACAAUGAGCGAGGUGCCGGACAAAGCCAUCGAUUGCUGUGGAGCCGAGAGCAGCGCCCGCCUGGCCAUCUUCGCCACUCGCUCCGGUGGAGUAGUGGUAGUGGUGGGCAUGGGAGCUUCAGAGGUCAAGCUGCCGCUGAUCAAUGCCUUGGCGCGUGAGAUCGACAUCCGUGGCGUCUUCCGCUACUGCAAUGACUAUGCCGCUGCUUUGGCUUUGGUGGCUUCGGGCAAGGUGAAUGUUAAGCGUCUUGUGACGCACCACUUCGACAUCUCGGAGACGGCUCAGGCUUUUGAGACCUCCCGCCUCGGCACUGGUGGUGCUAUCAAGGUCAUGAUCCACGUCCAGCCGAGGGACGCCAACAAUCCAACCAAGUUCUAAAUAUACACUCUUAUCUUUAAACCAAA